UGGGGACUUGGAAGUCCCCCGCGCGUGAACUCGGCGCGGGGCGCGGCGCGCAGCGGAGUGGCCGGGUGCGGGGGGCUCGGCUCGGCUCGGCUCGGCAUAGCUCGUCUCGGCUUAGCUUAGCUCGGCUCGGUUCGGCUCUGCCCUCUUCUCACACGCAGCCAUGGAGUUGAACUCUCUGUUAAUUCUCCUGGAGGCGGCCGAGUACUUGGAGAGAAGAGACCGAGCGUUCCUGCAAAGGAGGAAAAAAAUGCAUGGAAAAAAUAUAUUGCCACUAAUGCUGACUUUGUCCCUAGAAGCAGAACAUGGCUAUGCAUCAGUGUUACCCUUCGAUAGUGACUAUUCCAGAAAGAAAACAAAGGCAGGCUCCAUGGCCAGAAAGUCCCCGAAUAACAGGUCCUCACACAACGAACUAGAAAAACAUAGACGGGCUAAACUCCGGCUAUAUUUGGAACAGCUAAAACAGCUUGUGCCUCUUGGGCCGGACAGCACCAGACACACCACUCUAAGCCUGUUGAAAAGAGCUAAGAUGCAUAUCAAGAAAUUGGAAGAACAGGACCGAAAAGCUCUGAAUAUUAAAGAACAAUUACAGCGGGAACACCGCUACCUCAAGCGCAGAUUGGAGCAGCUAUCCGUGCAGGGCAUGGAGCGCAUCCGCACUGACAGUAUGGGAUCAACAAUAUCCACUGACUCUGAACAAGAAGUAGACAUUGAAGGAAUGGAGUUUACACCCGGUGAAAUGGACAGUAUUGGAAGUGCCAGUGAUGCUGAAGACCACUACAGUUUGCAAAGCGGCUCGAGCGAUGGAGGUUACACACAUUCCCGCAGACUGAAUGCCAGGCUCUCAUAGUGCCUGAGUUACCAGUUCAACUCAGGACCAUCUGACUGAAGCACUUAUAUAUGAAUAUUCCAGAGGCGUCAACUGCCACUCUUCCGGGAAACCCCAACCACAGUACUCUGACAUGGAGGUUUCUUACCCACGGUUCCCUGCACUGUAACCACAAUAUUAGAUAUUGUAAAUCAUGGGUUUGCUGCAGAGAACUGUGGUUAGGUACAGUUGUGACUUAAAGCUAGCUUGAUGUAGCUCUACUGCAAAUUAAAGAAAAUAAAUUGUCAUUCCAUUCAAGAAGUAUUAAAUUCAAACUGUUGGAAGCAUGGCAUAAGGAAGUUUGACGAUUAUUUUGAUUUUGCAGAAACCAUUUUCAAACAUCGACGAAUAAAUGGAAACUCCCAUGCAUUAGUGAUUCAGAGAUAGAAAAACCUAAAACUACUUCUUGUGGUAUUUUUACACGGAAAAAAAAAAAGAAUCCUGUAUCUGUCAUAUCAAUUCUUUCAGCAGUUGUUGUUUGGGUGAAGCAGGUGGAUAAACCUUCAAAUUGAAGAUGAUCUUUAGAAAAGGUCGUAUUUACAAGUCACUACUGUACUUCAAAAUGGGGGAAAAGCCAGCUCUAGUAAUGACUUCAUGUGGGAUGAUCUCAACUUUCUUCUGCUUUUUUGUAUUCAGUAUCCAACCAGCAGCAACUCAUUCCAUCCAUGUUAACAGGAGGAGUAGAAUGCAACACUGCAGUUUGGACCUGUUAUUGUGGCAUGGAUGACAUUGAAGCAUUUCAGUGUUUUUGGUGGUUUUUUUUUUCGUUUCUUUGCCUGAAAAACACAGAACUCAAGUGAUUCAGAUUGUGAUAGCUAAUCUUUCCUUGCAAGGAAAUGAAAUUUCUGUUUGCUUGUAUUUUUUUUUUUCUUUUUACACAUGUCAAUACAUUUUUAUGGAAGGCAUGGCUUAAAAUUACAGUAUUCAGCUAGAAGAUAAUUAAUCCUUUUUUCUUUUGCACACUAUAAUUGCAUUUUCUAUUCUUAAAAAAGUGCAAAAUUUUAAAUGUAUGCUGUAAAACAGCAGAGUUUAUUUAGUACUCAUCAAGCUGUUCAGAACAUAUUUACCCAAAUUAUAGCAAUACUAUGAAGAUGUAUUUUAAUACAACUUCUGCUUAGUGAAGUCAUUAGAGCUUGGCUUGCCGGGUAAGAAAAAAUGGACCAGUCUUUGCAUUACCUGUUUAAAGAAGGUCUUUUAAAAAAAAAAAAAAAAAAAAAAAAAAAAAAAGAAGAAAAAAGAAAAAAAAAA